AUGGAUGCUGAAAGGCCAUUUAUCUCCUUUACCAACGACAGUCGUGCGCCCCUGGUAAUAGCCCUGCAGCGGUAUUGGAAUGUAGACGAUCCAAAGUUCCGUCAAUACGUCUCGGAGUCAAUCCCGAAAGGCCGGGCCGUGCCCAUGCUUUUCUUCCUACUUUUUAUCGUGUCUGGAGUGUCAGCGAAACCGGUCGAGAUUCUCGAUGAUAUCGCUAAACUCGGCCCGGCCCACAUCGAACGAGCCCUUUUUGACAAGCCGGAGAUCAAGAAAUCGGAUCCCGGGGAGCUGAAACCGAUCCCGGCGUUACCGGAGAAGCCAAAAAAGGAGCCGAAAACGCUAAUAACGACAAGCGGCCCCCUAUCCAUUGAAGGACUCGGAAAGCUUCCCCCAGGAAAAUGUGAUAGCGCCGCUGAUGCGGGGCAACGUUUAGAAUGCGAGCGCGCGUACUUUAUGGGUGUGCUGGGUACGAAAAAUGAGAAGGAUGAUGAGGAGUUGUUGGUGAAGCUCGACCCAGAUGAGGAUGACUCCGUUGAAGCUACUAUAGACGUC